GCAUCCGCCAUCGUGCACUGCUAUGGAAGACGCCGGCGCCAGCUUCAGCUUCGCGCCCCGCCGCCGCGGUCGCCCGUGAUUCCCGCCACUGCGCGCCGCUCUCUUUCCAGCGAGAUAAAUGAGGUCAGAGGAUGGUCCCACCACCAAGGGUGCCGACCAGCCUUUCUCUUUUUGGUCGGGUCAAUAAAACUGCAUUCUAGCAGAACAAUGAUUCCAAUCACCGAAUUCCGCCAGUUCUCUGAGCAGCAGCCAGCCUUCCGGGUGCUGAAGCCGUGGUGGGAUGUAUUUACAGACUAUCUUUCCGUCGCCAUGCUGAUGAUUGGCGUGUUUGGUUGCACGUUACAGGUUAUGCAGGAUAAGAUCAUAUGCCUUCCAAAAAGAGUGCAGCCUUCGCAGAACAAUUCUCACCUUCCCAAUGUGUCAAGUUCAGACUCCAGCGCAAGCCCACUUCUUCCACCCAAGCCAUCCACACCUCCUGCUACCAUUGAAAUGAAGGGUCUAAAGACUGACCUAGACCUCCAGCAGUAUAGCUUUAUCAAUCAAAUGUGCUACGAACGUGCUCUGCACUGGUAUGCAAAGUACUUCCCUUACCUUGUCCUUAUACACACUCUGAUCUUCAUGCUGUGUAGCAACUUCUGGUUCAAAUUCCCUGGAUCGAGCUCGAAAAUUGAACAUUUUAUCUCCAUUCUGGGGAAGUGCUUUGACUCCCCUUGGACAACAAGAGCUUUAUCUGAGGUUUCUGGAGAAGACUCCGAAGAGAAGGACAACAGGAAGAACAACAUCAACAGGUCGAAUGCUGUCCAGCCUACUGCAGAAGGGAGUUUGGUUAAGACUCAGUCAUUGAGGUCCAUACCUGAGAAGUUCAUUGUGGAUAAGGGGACGCCUGGAGCACUGGAUAAAAAAGAAGGGGAGCAGGCCAAAGCGUUGUUUGAGAAGGUGAAGAAGUUCCGACUUCAUGUUGAGGAAAGUGACCUCCUCCACGCUAUGUAUGUCCGCCAAACAGUGCUGAAGGUGAUUAAGUUUCUUAUCAUUAUUGCAUAUAAUAGUGCGCUUGUUUCAAAAGUCCAGUUUACAGUAGACUGCAACGUUGACAUACAAGACAUGACGGGAUAUAAGCACUUUUCUUGCAAUCACACUAUGGCACAUCUGUUCUCUAAACUUUCCUUCUGCUAUUUAUGCUUUGUAAGUAUCUAUGGGUUUACAUGUCUUUACACUCUGUAUUGGUUGUUUUACCGCUCGCUAAAAGAAUACUCUUUUGAGUAUGUCCGUCAAGAGACUGGAAUUGAUGAUAUCCCAGAUGUUAGAAAUGACUUUGCUUUUAUGCUCCACAUGAUAGACCAGUAUGACCCUCUUUAUUCCAAAAGAUUUGCUGUGUUUCUUUCAGAGGUCAGUGAAAACAAAUUGAAGCAGCUUAAUCUAAACAAUGAGUGGACUGCAGAUAAAUUGAGGCAAAGACUACAGACCAACACCCAGAACCGUUUGGAGCUGCAGCUGUUUAUGCUGUCUGGGCUUCCUGACACAGUUUUCGAAAUUACGGAGCUUCAGUCAUUGAAACUGGAAAUCAUUAAUAAUGUCAUGAUACCAGCCACGAUGGUUCAACUGGACAAUCUCCAGGAGCUCUCAUUGUACCAGUGCUCCGCAAAGAUCCAUAGUGCAGCCUUGGCCUUCCUGAAAGACAACCUGAAAGUCUUGAACGUCAAAUUCGAUGACUUCAGGGAACUGCCGCCUUGGAUGUAUGGACUCAGAAAUUUGGAAGAACUGAGCUUGAUAGGUUCUUUGUGCCAUGACAUUUCUAAAAAUAUAACAUUGGAGUCUUUUCGAGAACUCAAGAACCUUAAGGCUCUGUACAUUAAAAGCAACCUGUCCAAAGUCCCACAAUCUGUGGUUGACGUUUCGAGUCACCUUCAAAAGAUGUGCAUUCACAAUGAUGGCACAAAACUUGUGAUGCUCAACAACCUGAAGAAAAUGGUCAAUUUGACAGAAUUAGAAUUGGUCCACUGUGACUUGGAGCGCAUUCCCCAUGCUGUUUUCAGCCUUGUCAGCCUUCAAGAAUUAGACUUGAAGGAAAACAAUCUCAAAUCAAUAGAAGAAAUUCUUAGCUUUCAACACCUUAGAAAACUCACCAUCCUAAAGCUGUGGCACAACAGUAUAACCUACAUCCCUGAGCACAUAAAGAAGCUCACUAGCUUGGAACGGCUUUCUUUUAGUCACAACAAGAUAGAGGUUCUCCCAUCCCACCUCUUCCUAUGCAACAAAAUUAGAUACUUAGACUUGUCUUACAACGAUAUCCGAUUCAUCCCUCCUGAAAUUGGGGUGCUACAAAGCUUACAGUAUUUUUCGAUCACUUGCAACAAAGUGGAGAGCGUGCCAGAUGAGCUGUACUUUUGCAAAAAACUCAAGACACUAAAGAUUGGGAAAAACAACCUGUCCAUUCUCUCGCCUAAAAUUGGAAAUCUGGUAUUGCUCUCCUACUUGGACAUUAAAGGAAACCAUCUGGAAUUUCUUCCCCAUGAACUUGGUGAAUGCAGAGCACUGAAAAAGGCUAGCCUGGUGGUGGAAGACACCUUGUUUGAAACCCUGCCUCUGGAUGUCAGGGAACAGAUGAAGGCAGAAUAACUUCCUUUUUGCAGUUCUUUUACAAAACAUGUCUCUUCCAAAUGCCUUGUACAUAACAAGCCUGCCUGAAUAUGCCUUUAAAGUCUGUUUUUUAUUU